AUGAGAAAGCACCUCAGGGACUUGCAUUUUCAGCUUGGGCACAAGCGCAUCCUAUACCCAGAUGGCUUGGAUCUUACUAUUCGUGCUGGCUGGCCUGGGCUCCGCAGGGCCUUCAGGUUUUCACAGGCCAGUGUCAUAGCAUCAAAGAACAAAAAAGCCUCGCCGAGCUUGACUGGUGUUUCUUCCCGUGAUUGCCGCAAUGCAGUUUGGAAAGAUCUGAAAUUGUUCCUCAAAACAGCCAACCAAAAGGACGUGUGUAAAAGGAAGUGUGUACGUCCACGUCCUGCCUGGAGGUUGAAGGUUGACCGCACGACCUUGGGAAACACUUUUGAUGGGAUCGGCGGUUUGAGUGGGGGAGGUGCUACCAGUGUUUUGCUCCCAAACUACGCCGAGCCGGCAAAGUCUCAAAUCCUCGACUACCUCUUCAAGCCCAACUUUGGCGCCUCCCUGCAGAUUUUGAAGGUGGAGAUCGGUGGCGACUCUCAGUCCACAGAUGGCACAGAGUCUUCCCACAUGCAUGAUAGCAGCCACAUAGACCUGCACACUGGCUAUGAAUGGUGGCUUAUGAAGGAGGCGAAGAAGAGGAAUCCAGAUAUCAAGCUCUACGGCUUGGCAUGGGCCUUUCCAUCAUGGGUCGGCAAUCGUAGCGGUGACCCCUUCAAGUUUCCCGAGCUAACUGCGCGGUAUUUGACCGAGUGGGUAGCUGGAGCCAAGUCAGAAUAUGGGCUUGACGUGGACUAUUUGGGAAUUUGGAAUGAGAAGGCCUCGGACAGCAAUUUUGUGCAAGUUCUCCGGAAGACCCUAAACCAGAGAGGUCAUCAGGGAACAAAGCUAGUGGUGAAAGAUGGAGGCCUUGACAUUUGCGAGACCUUGCUGAAAGACCAGAAGUAUGCUGAUGCUGUUGACAUCAUCGGCCUGCACUAUCCAAACGACUUCCAAGAUUUUUCUGCAUGCCAGCGCCUCAACAAGCCCAUUUGGGCCUCAGAGGAGUCGUCAUCAUAUGACGACUUGAAUGGCGCCGCUUGCUGGUGGCGAGUCAUCAACUCCCACUGGGUCAUCAACAAGAUAACCUCAUCGAUUAUGUGGAAUCUGGUAGGUGCAUACUAUCACGGUACCAAUUGGUAUGCCAGCUCGAUGAUGACUUCUGUGGAACCCUGGAGUGGACAUUAUGAAGUCAAUCCUGUCAUUUGGGCAACUGCGCAUGUGACGCAAUUCACCAAGAUAGGUUGGAAAUAUUUGCUCAAUGGCACUGGCUCCGGAGAGCUGCGGAAGGGUGGCUACUACGCCACCUGGGUGGACCCCAACUCGAAUCACUUUACCAUGAAUAUUGUGAAGAUUUCUCGUGACCAUGCCAUGUGCACGCGACCACUGCUGCCAAGCUUUGAAGUCAAAGAGGAGCAUUUGACAAUACAGUUGGCCCCUUCCAUGAAAGCCCCAGAGACGUUGCAGGUGUGGUACUCGAACUUUGAAAGAUUUACCGGCACUCCGCCAAUGUUCCAGAAAUCCACAGUGAAGGUCGAGAACAAUCAAUUCAGGCUCAUGGUGCCAGUUGGAGGUAUGUUCACUAUCACUACCAUCACGUCGGGGCACAAGGGCAGCUUUGAUCACAUCCCGGAAUCUUCUCCGCCGUUCCCGCUCGACUAUGUUGAUGACUUCCAGUCAACCGAGGACUCUCAAAAUGCAAGGUGGUUUGCGGAUCAAAUCGGGGCGUUUGAAAUCCAUCGCUCAACUGAUGGCAAGAAGAGCUUGAAGCAGAUGGUGCCAGAUCUUCCGAUUGGUUGGAGUGAUCAAGGCACCAGAGGUCCAAUGACCUUAAUUGGCAUGAGAGAGUGGCAAGAUGUUGAGGUGAGUGUCGCAUUCAAGUUGCCCAACAAGCUUGCAGCUACGACCUGUCCAGUUGAUGCCUUUCCGAUUGACCUUACUGACCGACAAUGUUUUGGGCUCACUGAGAGCAAAGAUCAGAAGUCUCCAGAAGCAUGCCGUGAGUUGUGCUGUCCGCUCACUGAUGCUUGCAACGUCUGGGAAUGGGAAGAGUCGUCGCAGUCCUGCUGGAUUGGCUACGUAAGAGACCCGAGUAUGUGCAAGUCUGCGAAAGGUUACAAGUCCCAAUACCGACAUCUUGACCGAUCUUAUGCAGCCUGUGUGGCCGUGCGAGUUGAUCAGAUGUGGGACAAUGGUGUUAUUUUUUGUGUUUCUGCUGAGGGCUAUUGGCAUUUGUCCAAUUCAGGACCAGCCCUACCAGGUUCAGCAAGCAUUGCAAAGCCUCCCCUUGCUGAGGGGCGUGUGUUCGGUGUGGGAAACGAUUGGCACACCUUGGCAAUGAGCGUGGAAGCGGAUCAGGCGCGAGCCAGCCUUGAUGGGAAAGAGAUUCUUACAAGUUUUCAAGUGCGUGACCUGGACACAGGAUUCGCAGCCAUCGGCGCAAAUGACUGGUUCCCGAUAGAGUUCCGGAACUUCAGUGUCAAGAAGGCAUCCACCGGAUGGGAUCCUCCACUCAGCUGCCAAAACCCUGCAGUGGGGGCGCAACUCAGCGUCCGGGCCUGUGCCCGCAAUGGCAAGGUUGCGGAGGACCAAGCCUGGGAGCUAUUGCCAUCCUUUCAGCUGCAGCAUGUUCCCUCAGGACUCUGCACCAGUGCAACCGCCCCGGGACCAGUGAUUCUUGAGAACUGUGAUGCAACCAAGAAGAGCCAGCUAUUUGUCAACGAUUACACUUUGAUUCGGAAUAGGUUGCAGAUCAUCACCGCCGCGGUCGUGCAACAGCCGUUAGCGGGCAACAAGACUGGGGAAGCGUUCGUUGGACAAAAUGCUGAUUGGAAGUCGUGGAGCUAUUUCCCGAACACCAAGCAGCUCCGCAAUCAGUAUGUCGCUGACGUCAACUUGGGGUAUCCAAUGUGUUUAUCCACUUGCCCGAAGGGUGCUGAGCAGAGAAUCACGCUGAUUUACACCUAG